AUGUUUUCCAUUAAAUAUCUUCGCAAUGUUUGCGAAUGUGGCAAGAAGUAUCAAGGGAUCAUUAUUCAGUUUCAGAACGCGGCGAAAGUGAUGACUUCGAAAUUUAUUCGCGUUGCUUCGUCAGCGGCGUCGAACUCACUGCGACUGAAAUCAGUUUCGGAGAGCUACAAGCGCUUUCACGCACGAGGCGUUACAUCACAGCUGAAUUUAAACGUACCGCCCACCGAAAUAUCGAUUUUGGAAAAUGGAGUUAGAAUUGCAACAGAAGAUUCUGGGAUUCCUACUGCCACUGUGGGAUUGUGGAUUGACACCGGAUCUCGAUUCGAAAACGAUCAGAACAACGGCGUUGCUCAUUUUUUGGAACACAUGGCGUUCAAGGGAACAAAAAGAAGAACCCAAACUGAGCUUGAGCUGGAGGUAGAAAACAUGGGCGCACACUUGAACGCUUACACAUCUCGCGAACAAACCGUUUUCUACGCUAAAUGUCUUUCGAAAGACAUCCGCAAGGCCGUCGAUAUUUUGGCGGAUAUCGUGCAGAACUCUCGUUUCGGCGAAGCCGAGAUUGAACGAGAACGUGGCGUCAUUCUCCGCGAAAUGCAAGAAGUGGAGACAAAUUUGCAAGAGGUAGUCUUUGACCAUUUGCAUGCCGUCGCUUUCCAAAGCACUCCCUUGGGGCGCACAAUCCUUGGACCAACGAAAAAUAUCAAGUCCAUUUCGCGCCAAGAUUUGAUGGAAUACGUGAGCAGUCAUUACAAAGGACCACGAAUGGUUCUUGCUGCUGCCGGAGGUGUUGAUCACGAAUAUUUGGCGAAGAUUGCACGAGAGCAUCUGGGAUCCAUUGUUUCUGAUGGUGCUGGUGGACCAAAACUGGAUGUUUGUCGAUAUACAGGAUCGGACAUCCGUAUCCGCAAUGAUGACAUGCCGUUCGUUCAUGUCGCCCUGGCUGUCGAGGGCUGUGGGUGGACUGAUGCGGAUAAUUUGCCUUUGAUGGUUGGAUCAACACUGUUGGGUAGUUGGGAUCGGUCUCACGGAGGAGGCCCAAACCUGGCCUCAAAACUGGCUUCGCAUUGUGCCCAGAACAAUUUGUGCCAUUCGUACCAAGCUUUCAACACGUGUUACAAAGAUACUGGACUAUGGGGUGUCUAUUUUGUGGCGGAUGCCGCGAUGCAAGAGGAGAUGAUACACGCGAUUCAGCGGGAGUGGAAGCGGCUGAGCACAAGUGUCACGGAAUUGGAAGUGGAACGCGGUAAGAAUUUGCUUCGUAAUAAUAUGUUGCUGCAAUUGGAUGGAUCUACGCCUAUUUGUGAGGACAUUGGUCGACAAAUGUUGUGCUAUGGUAGACGAAUCCCACCGCAUGAGCUGGACGCUCGAAUUCAGGCGAUCGACGUGAACACUGUUAGGGAAGCGUGUUCGAAGUACAUUGUUGACCGAGCCCCUACAGUAGCUGCUGUUGGCCCUACGGCGACACUUCCGCAAUACGACGUCAUUCGUUCUGCGAUGCAUUGGUCGAAAUAACUUGUUCAGUGAUUGUGAUGUUGGCAUUUGUUUGACUGGAAUAAAAGUGUUGACUCUA